CAAGUUCAAUGUCAAAGUAACAAGCUCCUAAAAAGGGGGAAAAAAAAUCUUUUUAUUAUAUAUAUAAAUAUAUUUAAUAUUAUACACCCAUUUUUCUUUUUCUUUUUUCCUUUUCCUCUCUCUCUCCGUGCCAAAUUAAAACCCUAAUUAUUCGCCUACACCCUCUCUUUUUUUGGCGAACUUUUUUUGAAAUCAAAUGGCGACGGCGGAAGAAGGCGGAGCCACCACCACCGCUUACGGUGGCGGCGGAGGAGGAGGAGCUGGGGGAAAGUUUCGCAAGAAGCCCUUCCGCAAAACGACGACGCCUUACGAGCGCCCCGCCAUCGCCUUCCGCGGCAAUGGAGGCAGCAGCAGCAGCAGCUGGUUGACGAAGCUGGUGGUGGACCCCGCCUCCAAGCUCAUUUCGUACGGGGCGCGCCGCUUCUUCGAUUCUGUUUUCCGCAAAAAACGCCUGCCGCCGCCUCCUCCUGCUCCUCCCCAGACAUCAGAGUCAAACCAUGUAUUGAGUGAUGCACGUCCAGACGCAGUUCUAAGUGAACCUGCAGGUGGUGAAUGCAGCCAGCCAAUAAGUUCUUCCAGUAAUGGAAUCUCUGACCUUGAGCAGUUGCUGAAGCAAAAGACCUUCUCCAGGUCUGAAAUUGACCAUCUGACAACACUGUUGCAUUCAAGAGGUGGAGAAGUGUCUCUAAGGGAUGAUGGUAAAAGAAAUGAAGAGACAGUAUCAGAUUUUGGGAGGCAUCAAACAGUUGAAAAUGGUAUGGAGGAGGAUAGAUCUCCCAGAGCUGAUUCAAAGGUUAUUGGGGAUAUUAUUGCUUCUCCUUCUGAACUUGCAAAAGCUUACAUGGGCAAUAGACCUUCAAACUCACCACAAUCGAUGCUCGGUAACCAUAGUCAAGUUACUAGGGAUGACACCAAGAUGCUUAGUAGCACGAGAACAAAACCUGUCAGCAUGUCAUUGACAACAAAGUCUGCAGUCAGCUUUGGUUCACCUGGUAAUGGUUAUAUAACAAACCGAAGAUCUCUUGGUAGAUCUGCUAUUUACAACAUGGCUUGCACUCCGCAAUCAAAGAGAACUGGUAUGAACUAUAAUGGCUAUGCUGGAUUGUCAGUGCCCUCAACAUCUCUUACAGUUCUGGAAAAUUGUGAAAAAAUUGAGCCCAACUCCAAGACGUUAAAGCGUAGGAGUUUUGUCUUAGAUGAUGAACUUGGAUCUGUUGGUCCAAUUCGAAGAAUCAGACAGAAGUCUAAUCUAAUAGCACAUGGGGUUCCUCAUACUGAUAGAGUGGGAAGUAAAUCUGAUGCUAAACUAGUAUCUUCAAAGCAGAAGCUUCCAUUGAUUGAUGUUGACGAAAAUACUAAUGUUAGCAACCCAAGCACCAGUUAUGCUAUACUUCCUUUCAAAUCCAAUGGUAGUGAGGUAGCUGUUGGAAGAGUAAAGGGCAAAUCAUCAGAGGCCAAUGUGGUUUCUGCGCGACAGAAGUCAACUUUCAAAUUGACGCCAAGUAUGCUUCAUGGACAGGCUCUUAGGAGCUUGGAGGAUGCCACUUCCUCAGAGUUGCUGCUGAAUGUCCAAGACGAUCACAAAAUUGAGAGCAGUGCUGGUUUAUUGAAUACUCAUGUUUCUACUCCUCAAGAUCAAGGAAAAGUUGAAGAAAAUGGUCCGGUAGAAACUUCCCCUUCUCAAACAUACUACCCUGUGAAUAACAAUGACUCUGCAGUGUCCUUUGAAGCUUCUUUGGUGAGAGGUCGAACUUCAAAUGAUGUCGAUAAUGGUUUGUCUCAACCUCAAAACAAAGCAGCAUUUAGAAUGAGUGCUCUGGAGGAUUAUAUCGAUCUUGAUGACGACGUACCAUGUAUUGAAUUUGCAUCCUGUCCAUCCUCUGACGGGAGAGGAUCAUUGGAGGCCCAUCCCACAGAUAGCAAGUUCUCACGUCAUGAAGAACCCAAAUUGUUAGAAACAACAAUUCAGACAGAGCUGAAAUCACGUUCAGACCUUAUAUCGAGUAAAACAAAUGAAACUAGCAGUGCUGGUGCUGCCUCAUUGGGGGAACAAAGUAAUGGCAUCAUCACCUCUGCUUCAGUAGACGUAACUGCUGCUGCUCAACCUUCCAUUCCUCCUCCAUUUGCUGCAUUUAACAAUGCUAAGGAGAUGAAUGAUCCUCCAUCUCUUUUCAGCUUUAAUUCUAAAGUUGCAGAUAAGUUCCCUUCCUUGAUGCCCGAAUCAAGCACCGGGAUACCAGAAAGCUCUAGCAGCUUGCUGGAUGUUUUUGCUACAUCUAGCUCUCCGGUGACAUUUUCGGAGCCAGGGAAAGGUGGAUUCCUGAAACCUCUGGCUGCUGAUGAUACAAACGGGAAAUCUGAUACCGCUGCAUCUAAUGGGAUGCUCGUUGCAGGCUCCCCCGCUGUGUCAUUGACUGCCACAUCUAACAACAAUACGCAUCCGAUCUCCACUGCUACUCCUGCUAUUUUUACCUCAUCUGUCAGCAUUUCAGACUUCAUCCCAUCUGGUACAGACAGCGUCAGCUCAGCCAACUCCAGCAGAAUCACUUUUGGAGCAUCCGAGGCACCUAAAGUUUCUGGGGAACCUCCUUUCAAAUUUGGUGCCUCCCCCGAUCCAUCUACUAAUGUAUCAGCAGCGUCAGCAACCAUCGUUCCAGCUGGAGAUUUGAAAAACGAAGCUGUAACGCAUCCAAGUUCCGGAAGCACUACUACCAAUUUUGUAUCAUUCGGGAUCCCAAGUUCUGGAAGUAUGGCCUCUGGACUCAGUUCAUCAACCAGUAAUCCAUCUGCAAAUAAUUCACAAGGUUCUCUAUUCGGUGGUCUCAGUAAAUCUUUUGUGCCUGCUGUUGGAACUGUUGUUCACGGGGGAUCUACUCAGUCGAAUUUAUUUGCAUCAAAUACGAGUAGCAGCAUUCCUUUUGCUUCUUCCCUGUCCAGCGCUCCAGCUUUCGGUCAGGUCGUGCCUUUUGGUUUGAAUUCUUCAGCUUCCUCAUCAGAUACCGGUUUAGUUGCCUCUAGUAGUGGGUCAACAUCUAGUUUAUUUGGUGUGAAUCCUACUGCUGUUUCAAACGGCAAUGCAAGUGGCUCCAGCAGUUUUACUACUUCGGGCGUAUUUAAUUUUGGUGUGAGUUCUUCCUCUUCUUCAAUCAAUGCAGUUGGAUCGACUGGCGGUGCAACUGCUCCAGUUUUUGGUGCUGGUUUGAGCUCUUCAGUUUCUUCUUCAGUAACCACCGGCUCCUUCAGCAGUGCCCCUUCUUCAACUGGUGGUGCCGCUGCUCCAGUCUUCAGUUUCGGUGCGACCUCUUCAGGUUCUGCGACAGCAACCACCAACUCCUUCGGCAGCUCCUCUUCUUUAACCAAUGCAGUUGGAUCAACUGGUGGUGUGGCUCCUUCCACUUUCAGUUUUGGGUUGAGUAAUCCGGCAUCCGUGUCAGCAUCUAAUGCUGCUAGCUCGUUCAGCAACGGUGCAUCGGGAGUAUUUAGCUUUGGUGGAAGCUCUCCGGCCUCGUCCUCUGCAAUCAACUCCGUUACCUCUAAUAACGCUCCCAAUCCCUUUGGUGCUUCCAGCGUGCAAGCUCCGGCAUCCUCUCUCUUUGGUUCGUCUCCAGCCACCGGGUUUUCCUUUGGUGCACAGCCGACAUCCUCCGCUCCACCAUCGAGCUCCCCUUUCUCAUUCUCAUCCGCCCCUGCUUCAGUCUUCGCCUCACCAUCCCCGUCUCUGGGGCAGCAGCCCGUAUUUGGCAACCCGAGUCCUGGUUUUGCAGCCUCCUCGCCCGGGAACAGCUAUCAGAUGAAUGGAGAAGACAGUAUGGCCGAGGAUCCAGUGCAGUCGACUGCACCGUCUCCUCCUGCAUUCGGCCAAGCCAACAACAUCUCCCCGUCUCCGCCUGGCUUCAUGUUCGGAUCAGCCGCUCCGUCUCAACCGAACCCCUUCCAGUUCGGCGGCCAGCAAAAUCAAGCCGCUCCUCAGAACCCUUCCAUGUUUCAGUCAUCGAGUAGUCUGGAGUUCAACGCCGGUGGCAGCUUCUCGUUGGGCAGCUCUGGAGUCGAUAAAUCGGGUCGAAAGUAUGUGAAGGUCAACAGAAGUAAGAACAGGAAGAAGUGAAGCUAUUGAUAUGUCAUAACACAGAAAAGGUCUUGCUGCUUUUACCCUAUCUUCAUCUUCAUCUUUCCCAUAAAUUUUGAAAGGAAACAAACUGUGUAGAAGUGUAUGAGUGUAGUGGCGAUUUUGAAGGGGGUGUAAUUGAACUUGAAGCUGUGUCCCAGAAUAAGUCUUCUAAUUCAAUAUCACAUUUGUAUAAAUUCUUUUUUCUUUUCUUUUUUUGGAUAGUGUUCUAUUGUGUAUUGGAAGGAGCGAUGUGUAUUGAUGAAAUAAAACAGGAAAUAUUGUGGCUCGAGUUAGGAGACCUAUCUUGUAUUGAAAUAUUUUAUAAAAAAUAGGUUAAUGGUGGUUUAUUGGCAUAA